AUGACUGGGAACUUAGAUGAAAUAAGAUGUUACUGUUUUUCAAAUUGUGAGUUGCUUGUUAGUGUCAGUCUACCAGAUUGUGUGACUUUGUUUGGUGACCACUGUUUUAAUCAAUGUAAAUCGCUCGAGUUCAUUAAACUUCCAGAAAAACUGAAUGAAAUACAAGUAGGAUGUUUUGGUGGGUGUAUCAAUUUAAAGAGAAUUGAAAUUGGGAGUAAACUAUAUGCUAUUGGGUCGUGUUGUUUUCGUGGCUGUCACAAUUUGGAAGAUCUUAUACUUCCAAACGGUCUCGUAUUGAUUGGAGAAAAGUCGUUCUUUGAUUGCAUAAAUUUGAAAACAAUCAUUUUACCAGAAAGCUUGAAACAAAUAAAAGAUGAAUGUUUUGGUGGGUGCACUACACUUGAAAUAACAGUACCAAGCACUCUUGUUUUGAUUGGUAAAAACGCUUUUUCAAACUGCAAAAGUGUUAUUUAUCAAAAGAAAAAAACAUCAAAACAAGAGUGUAUUGUUAUAUGA